AUGGAAGAUUUCGAUAUGGAUGCUGAUGAUAACAUUGAACAGGAGAAUACUGUAUCUCCUGUGAAAAAGCCAAUGCAACCGUCAGGUAUUGCGAUGGAUGCGCUUGCUGGUCUUCUUGAUAGUUACUCAACAACAGAUAUGAUAAAUUCACGUCGUGCGGCUACCGCAAUACCACUACAAAUACAACAAUCAAGUUAUUCAUCGACUGCAAAGGUGGCACCAACAGUACGUACUCCAGUACGUCCAGCGACUAUUACUCAAGCAAGUACACCGAAUGUAGCAGCCUUUCAUGCUCGAUCAAAUAAAGCUGAAGUUGUUGUUGAACAUAUCGGAAAUCAGUCAAAUAAUAAAAAUACGAAUGAAACAAAAAAGGCACCUGUUAUUCAAUUGAAAUCUUUAGUUAAACCAUAUAAAUCUAUGUAUCAAACAAUGUAUAAACGUGCUAAUGGUAAGUGUUGUAUUAUCCUGAACAAAAUUAAUUGCUCCUUAUGA